AUGUCCUGCUACAUCUACCAGCUGCCCUCCUGGGUGCUGGACGACCUGUGCCGCAACAUGGACACGCUCAGCGAGUGGGACUGGAUGCAUUUCGCCUCCUUCGUGAUCACGGACCUGACGCAGCUGCGGAAGAUCAAGUCCAUGGAGCGGGUGCAGGGCGUGAGCAUCACCCGCGAGCUGCUGUGGUGGUGGGGGAUGCGCCAGGCCACCGUCCAGCAGCUGCUGGACCUGCUGUGCCACCUGGAGCUGUACCGCGCCGCCCAGAUCAUCCUCAACUGGAAGCCAGUGCCUGAAAUCAGGCCUUCUGCCCCAGACUUCCCGGGAGCCGAGAAGCCAACAAGGCCCUGGGCAGCGUCCGUAAGGAACACGGAGGACGAACAGAAGAUGGGGCAGCUCGUGGGGCCAGCAGCCUUGCCGGGCCCAGGGCCUGCUCCAGCCAGAGCCAGCCUCCCGCCUCCUCCCGAAGAUGCCCCUGCUUCCUUAAAAACAGACCUUCCUGCUUCAUCCGAUCCAAAGGAUGUCAGCACCUCCAUUCCUAAGCAAGAAACCCUCCUGAGCCUGGCUGUGGACAGCCUUUUCUGGAACGAGGUGGACGUAGUUCACGCAACCGACAACUUCAACCAAACCCACAAAAUCAGCGAGGGGACCUUUGCUGACGUCUACAGAGGGCAGAGGCAGGGCACCCCAUUCGUCUUUAAGAAGCUCCGAGAGAUGGCCUGCUCAGGUCCAGGAUCAAUUGAAAAUUUCUUCCAAGCAGAGAUACGAAUCUGUCACAGAUGCUGCCACCCCAAUGUCUUACCUCUGCUGGGCGUCUGCACUGGAAAUCAGUUUUACAGCUUGAUCUACCCCUACAUGGCAAAUGGUUCUUUACAGGACAGGCUCCGGUGCCAGGGCGGCUCAGACCCCCUCCUCUGGCCCCAGCGCGUCAGCAUCGUCUCAGGGCUGCUUCGCGCCGUGGAGCACCUGCACAGCCUGGACAUCAUCCACAGCAACAUCAAGAGCUCCAAUGUUUUGCUGGAUCAAAACUUCACCCCCAUGCUGGCUCACCCAAAGGCUCCGCUGUGUCCUGACAGUAAAAGGUCACAGUACACCAGGAUGAAGACCUGUCUGUUCCAGGCCUCGGCUGCAUACCUGCCGGAAGAUUUCAUCAAAGUGGGGCAGCUGACAAAGCGAGUGGACAUCUUCAGCUGUGGAGUAGUGUUAGCUGAGGUCCUCACUGGCAUCCCUGCGAUGGAGACCGACCGGAGCCCAGUUUACCUGAAGGACUUACUCCUCCACGAAAUUCCGAGCAGCAGCAGGAGGACGGGCGUGGAGAAGGUGAUGGCGAAGGAGAUCUGCCAGAAAUACCUGGAGAGGAGAGCAGGGGCUCUGCCCGAAGACUGUGCGGCCGCGCUGGCCUCGGCCGCCUGCCUCUGCCUGCGGAGGCGGAAUGCCAGCCUGGCCGAGGUGUGUGGCUCUGUGGCUGCUGUGGAAGAGCGGCUCAGAGGUCAGGAGACGUCGCUCCCUUGUGGUGGGCUUUCCGAGAGCACAGGCGCUUCCUCCAACAUUCCAGAAGAGACGGACGACGUAGACAAUUCUAGCCUCGAUGCCGCCUCCUCCUUGAGGGCAGCACCCCGGUCUGGGGUUUCUGCUUCGCCUGCCCCCGCAGAGGACGGAGAAGGCAGGGUGCCGGCCAGCAGGGGAAUGCGGGCUGACUCCUCCUCUGACGCCUGUACCAGUCCAGAGCCUCCCCAGGCUGAGACUUCGUGGAAAAUCGAGAUCAAUGAGGCCAAAAGGAAGCUGAUGGAGAACAUCCUGCUCUACAAGGAGGAGAAACUGGACAGCAUUGAGCUUUUUGGCCCCUGA